AUGCUACGCGUCUUUUCUCAAAAAGGUCGCAGAGAGCGGGCUAUUCGGUUCGCCGUUGUGGCUGCAUUCCUUCAUCUUUCCUCCGUCGCUUUCGGCAUACAGAAACAGACACCUCUGAGCGUAGUUCGAGAGAAAGCCGGGCUUGCGUUCCACACUCGUGCCCGGCAGCCUGAAAGCUUCCUCAGCAGGGAAAGCCAAAUCCUCUUGUCUGACAUAUCCGACGCCGGCAGCCGGGGCGAUUGGCUGAAGGUUCAGAAGCUUUUUGGUACCUAUGCAGGAAGUGAGGAACAGAUCUUCUCUGCUGUCAUGCACAUUGCCGUCAACUGCAGCCAGUUCAAGCAAGGUGCUGCUGUGUAUGCAAAGGCAUGCAACCUGAACAUUUCCAAGACGUCUCCAACCUUCUCGGCUGCAUUGAAAAUUCAUGCCAGGCUGAAUCGACAAGAGACCGUGAAGCAAAUCUGGACUGAGGCGUUGCAGACUUGUCCCCUGAACGAAGUCUUGGCAGGCGCACGUCUCGAUGCAGCAGCGAUUGAAGGAGAUGUGGAGACAGCCGCUGAAGUUCUAGACCUGCUGAACCACACAUCUGGUGUCAGAACCGACGUGGCACACGUUACAUCCGCUAUCCGUGCAUGCUGGGAAGCUGAGGGUCGGAGCCAUCACGCAGCGAAGUUUUUGUUUCAGCAUUUGUUGGACCUGGGCCUACAGCCGAACAUUGUGGCCUACACAUGCUUGAUUGGUGCCUAUGCCACGGCGCCCUUGCCGCAAGUACUCGCGGCAUAUGAUCAGCUGAAGUCUUCUGAUGUUGCCAUCGACUCCCCUUUCACCGAAGUGUACUUUGUGACCGUGCUCCAAAAGCCCAAACCUGAAGACUGGCGUGGCGAGAAGAUGAUCGAGAAGCUUAAGGCUCGCCCUCUUGAUCGACUGGCAGCUGCCAGGGUGGCCCUGCAUGACUUCAACGCUGCGAGACUUGAGCUUUCCGCCCUAAGCUUGUCGAUCCAAAGAGCUUUGCUAAAGCUUGAACAGUAA